AACGCGUGGAUCUCCCGGGCUGCGUGUGUGGACUUGGUUAAUGGUGCCUGGGGGCAUGGCUGUUAACCUCGACACUCAGCCCAUCCCCCACCCUGAGGACGGUUGGGGGCUCGAGGAGCUCGUGCGGAUCCAUUCUCAUUUUCUGUUCAAAGGCGGGGGAGAGAUUGGUGAACCUCGAGCCCCAGCCAUUGCCCCAAGCCAUGGAGUCCAGCCGCUGUGGUUCGCCAGCAGGCUCCCCGGCACAGCUCGUCGUCCGGUGUCUUGAUUUUUUCUGAUCCGAGAGGUUUCUGCACGGAGAGACCGCCCUCCUCCAGAGCGAGCAGACGGCUCGGGCGCAGCCGCCUUAACACGCCCGGUCACUCUCACCCGGUCACUCUCACCCGCAGAUUCCGCCGGCCCGCACCCUGCACUCUGCCCGCGGCAUUCGCGUUCUAAGCCGGGGACAUGCAGACUCCGCUGGCCACGCCCGUGCCCGUGCUGCGGCUGCCGCGGGGCCCGGACGGCUUCAGCCGCGGCUUCGCCCCCGGAGGCCGCCGGGCGCCCCAGGAGCCCCAGGAGCCUGCGGAGCUGCAGGAGCAGCGGGCCCGCGCCGCCCUGCGGGAGCGCUACCUGCGCAGCCUGCUGGCCAUGGUGGGCCACCAGGUGAGCUUCACGCUGCACGAGGGCGUGCGCGUGGCCGCCUGCUUCGGAGCCGCCGACCUGGACGUGGCCAACCUGUACGUGUCGCAGCUGCAGACGCCCAUAGGCGUGCAGGCCGAGGCGCUGCUGCGGUGCAGUGACGUCAUCUCCUACACCUUCCGGCCCUGACGGCGGGCCCCGCUCCGAGCAGUUCUGGACCCUUGACCGCCGGGGCUGCUCAGAGAGAUGCUGCAGCCCAGGACUGCGGACCCUGGCCCCAGGGGGCUUCCUGAGGAGGGGUGGGCGGGGGCGUGGGGGCAGGGGCGGGCGCGCUGCCCAGGGAACUGCACUGGCAGGGGCCUGGGACCGCCCCCGCCCAAGAAACCCUUCUCCCAGGAAAACCGGUCUCCUGUGUUGUGUUAAAGCGCCCCCGGGGAGCGGCGGGGUGAUGUGGGCCCCCAGGGUCGCGCAGGGACACCUCCACCUCCCGCAGCCCGCAGCCGUCCUCGCCACUCGCCGAGCGCCCGGUCGCUGGUCACCUUGCAGCAGCCCGUCCUUUGCUCACCUACUUUUUAGAGAUCUGUCUACUUGGCAGAGUGGCAGACCCUCCAUCCGCUGGGUCACUCCCCGAUGACCGCAGCGACCCGGGCGGGGCCAGGCCGAGGCCGGAGGCCGAGGUUAUCGGGGUCUCCACGUGAAUGGUGGGGGGGGGGGUUCAAGCACUUGAGCCGUCGUCCACAGCAGAGCGCCCUUUAAAAAAGUUUCUAGGGGCCGGCGCUGCGGCGGAGAGAAUUAGGCUGUGGACGCGGGUUCGAGUCCAGGCUGCUCCACCUCCCAUCCAGCUCUCUGCUGUGGCCUGGGAAAACCGUGGAAGAUGGCCCAGGUCCUUGGGCCCCUGCACCUGCAUGGGAGACCCGGAAGAAGCUCCUGGCUGCGGUCUAGGGAGUUAACCAGCGGAUGGAGGAUCUAACUCUGGCUUUCAGAUAAAAUAAAAAAAGUAGUUUCUGA